AUGACAUAAGUGAUCAGUAUAUUCAAGACUUAUAAAAGAAAUUGGAGGAAAAAAUUUAGUUACUAACAAAAAAUUACCAUUUAAAUGGAAUUCAGUAAAUAUCAUAAAGCACUAAAAUCCAUAUCAAUUACUAAUUCAAGAAAUCACAAAAAUCCUGUUAAAGUCAAAUAUGAACCUCCAUAAGGAAACAUGUAAUAUGUCAUCUAGUAAAUAAAAAGGCCAAGGAAUACAUGGAAGAAUUACUUAUUAAAGAUUAUGUUGAAAAUGAGAAAGUAAAAAAAUAGAUCUAUGUAAAUUAUUAAUUCAAAAAAAAAUUAUGCAGAAAUCUACUAAAUCUAAUACUCCAUAAGCUUUUGAAAAUAGUGAGUAACAUAACAUUAAACAUACUCAUCCAUUCAUAUAAAAGGGUAUUAAACGCAAUUAAAUUGUCAAGAAUCAGUUGAUAAAUAAUGAUCUAGAAUUAAUCUAGUAUAUUACAAACCAUCCUAAAUACGAUCCGUAUAAAGAUAAAGAUUGUCAACAAUAAAUCCAAUAAGAUAUUCUAGAUGCUGCUGGAUUAUCCUCAAAUAAAAAAAAUAUAAUUCCUUCAAGGAAACCAGCUUAGGCUUUCAAAUAAUGUAAAGGAAUAAACUAAGGUUUAAAUGCUUCCUUAGAUUCUUGA